AUGGCUUCCUCCUCCAGCUCCAAGGUCACGGUCGAGUACCACGACCCAAGUGGCCUGUUCAACAUCUUGGAGCCGCAUCUGAGGGCUCGUCUGCCCUUGCGCAACCUGCACUGGAAAUCCCCCGCCCGCCCGCUGCGUUCCAUUGACUCGCUGCACGUGGACUUUGUGCCUGGCCGCGAUCCCACCGACGACUUUCUAAAGUCGCUGCCGCCGCCUUCCAGCGAUGGCCGCAGAAGCCGCGCCGCCUCUGCCUCGUCUCUGCGCCCGGGCUCCUCUGAUGGCCGUCCGGGCCGUCGUCGCCACCAAAUCCCCGGCCUGAGCCAGACGCCCUAUCUCAAGAUCUUCAUUCUGCGCUGCGAUGACAACGACACCUACAAGGUCUCGUCCCGCAAGCUCCUGCGCGAAUGGAUAAAGGAGAACACUCCGGCCUCCGAAAGUGGCACCAAGAGCACCCAGGAAAACCACGACGCCUUCGAAUGGCUGGUUCUGCACGUGGUGCUGCCCGACACGCCCGCUGCUGCGCAGCCUCGCCUCAGCGGCUCCGCCAGCGCCUCCACUGGAGCCAUUGAGAAGUCCGCCAGCGCUUCCCGAUGGCCAGGACGUGGGUCCACCACCAUUUUUGAGAAGAUCCGCUCCGACUUCAACGGCACCAGCAAGUCCGCCCCGGAUCGAAUCUCCCAGAUCCGCCUGGAGAUGAAGGACAUCCCGCCGCACCUAAUCCCUCCUGGUAUUGGCCAAACUUCCAACCCCUAUAACGAUAGCCCUCAGGAGAUUCUCAAUUCUUGGAGCGAUACCAUCAUCAAGUUCAAGACGCUGAUCCUGUCGUCCUUUGAUCUUCGGGUCAGCCAGUACGAGGAAGAUAUCAAGGAAAAGGACGCGCAACGCCAUCUGCCCGGUUGGAAUUUCAAUACUUUCUUUGUCUUGAAAGAAGGUCUUGCAAGGGGUUUCGAAAGCGUGGGUCUCGUGGACGAUGCGCUCGUCGGCUACGAUGAGCUCUCCGUGGGCCUUGACACCAUUGUCCGUGAGCACGCGGCUGACGGAUAUGGCGGUUCCUUUCUCGAAAACACCGAAGAUGUCAAGAAGCAGUUCCUUGUUUGUAGAAAGACACCGGGAACCAACCCUUUUGGCGAGAAGCCCAUCAGCUCCUCGCGAAAGGAUUACCGAGGCAUGAUCCUCUCUAAUAACAUUUCAAUCUUCGAUUUCAGGUGUUACAUAUUCUCACGCCAGAUGGCGCUCCUCCUACGACUUGGCAAUGCUUCCAUCUCAAGGUCAGAGUUCCUCUCCAGCUCGAGGCCUAGUUCCAGACCCAAUUCUCGGCCGUCGACGGCUCAGCAAGCCAAGGCAUCCACGGAUGACUUUUUCUUGGGGACACGGACUGGCCAGGAAGAGCAUGAGACCGAAGAUCUCACCUCGUUGGGGGAGCUUUGCCGUCGGGCAAUGAGCUUUCUAAAUAUUGCAGCGCACAUACUACGAGAUGAUCUCACUCAUGCGGUGGGGAACGAGGUAGAGCCGGUUUCCGCCGAAGUCAUAGACAAUUUCGUGUCUUCGUGGAGCUAUGCUGUUGCACAGCAAAUUCUGGACGAUACCGCAUCGUCCUACCUCCCAAUCACAACAUUUGACAAAACCUCCGGUUCGAUGCCAGGAAAGCAAUUGGGGCCCAAGCAGGACCUCAAAGUUUCUGUUCCUGAAAAUAAGAGCCUAGCUCAUCCGAAGAGGAGCAGUUCAUUGCUCGACCGUCGUGCAUCGGUCCAAGACUUGGCCUCAUCCUCCAGCCGUGCGGGGCAAGCUGUAUAUGAGCAUAGUAGGUUCAACAGCACGGGAAAUCAGUUGGGGAAAAAAGACCAGGCUUCCAGCAUAGGCACGCAAGCAAAAUCUGGUCAGCCCGAGCUCGCCGCACAUCGUGCAGAAUUGUAUCUCGUCCAGAGAAGAAUAUUAGAGCGUCUUGGGAAGAAGCUGAGCUGGCUCCUUGGCUGGGCCGCGGUAGCUGCGCAGCACGAAGAAAACAAGUUCAGCGAUGUUUCUCUCGACGAUGAGAAGCCAGAGCCAGUACCUGAAGGGGAAGAGGAGCGAAAUGGUGACACCAAAGGUUUCAAAGAUGGAAAUAUUGCGGGUAUCUGCGAAAGCACGCUCCGGGGAGCAUUGGAGUCCAACGAUGACUUCAGGAACAUCUACGAGCAACUGAGCGACCUUGCCGUCAAGCAUUAUCUCGCAGCAAGUAGGUCUAAAUCCGCAGAGAGCAUAAUGGGAGAUCUCGCUGCACUAAAAUUUGAGUCCGGAGACUACUCCGCAGCGGCGACGUAUUUCAGUCGAAUGGCACCGUUGUACGCGCAGAACAGGUGGAACCUUGUGGAGGUCACCAUGCUGAAGAUGUACGCUCAGUGUCUCAAAAAGCUUAAUCGAAAGGACGAGUAUGUCAGGGUACUUCUCGAUCUUUUGGCCAAAUCAGCAGCCAACAGAAAACCUUCUGUCUCUCUCAAGAUGCGCCGGGGAUCGGUUCAUACCCCAUGGCUCGACGAUGAUCGAUUAGAUACGACAGGCAUCCUUGAUGAACUGGUAACCUUUUCGGGCGAACUGCCGUACGAUGUCACUGCGCCGAUGAACCGCUACUUCUCCGAUAUCGUCGUAAACCCUUACAUUCAACAUUAUCCCGACCACGAUGGUUUUCAAAUGAUGCUCACUUUCCGCCAUCUUCUCGAAGACGAUGUAGAGGUGGAGAAGGCGAAAAUUCGUCUUGUUAGCAUGGACCCCGGCGAGAAUCGAGACAUCUGGUUAGAAACGAGGGAAAAACUUGACGUAAAGCAAGGACAGGUCAUUGCCUGGGUUCACACAAAUGUCGUCACUCUCGGCUACUACGCGGUUGACAAAGUCGUUUUGGAAGCGAAGAAGAUCCACUUCACGUUUGAGACGACCAAGAAAGAAGAGACCCUACAGUCACUGGGUAUCUCUAUUCCCGGUGCAUCCUUGUCGAGCUCGAAGGUGCCCAAAAAAUACCGCGUUCUCACCUACCCCCGCGCCGACGCAUUUGACGCCAAGUUGACAGUGGCACGCGCAGUCCACAUCGACAAAAUCAAGUCAUUAGAGCUGGACUGCCGCACAUUUGCAAGCAACGUCACCAAAGCCGAGGUACAUAUGAAAGCCGCAUCAGCUGGACUAAGGCUACGCACUGCCAAUGCGAAGGUGUUUGAUGGAGAUGGCAAAAUCACAGAUCGACCGGGCCCAGGCGUCUUCGGGCUCUCAGAAAUGGCGCCACAGACCGCUAUGAAAAUCAGCAUCCCGUACGAGCUAGAGGCAAACCUUUCCGAUCUCCACAUCAAGCUCGAGAUUAUCUACCACACGGAGCAAGGGGAACACGAGUUCCGAGACAACUGCACCAUAAAUAUUGAGUUGCCACUCGAUGUCAAUGUGCAUGACCAAUUCAUGGAGCGCAUGCUCCUUUCCACAUUCAAAGUCACCACGUCCAAUCACGUACCCUUGGACGUGUUGAACAUCCAGCUUAAGGGCACGCCUGCGUUCGAUGUCGAUCCAGCCAAGCUCUAUGGAUCUCGGAAUCCGGUACGCCCGGGUCAGCCACCUGCAUUUGUAUAUCGCAUUUCCAGGAAAGAGGGCACCAGCUUGGCGAAUGCCGCGGAUUCCAAUCUUUCCCUUAGCAUCAACUACCGUUGUCUUGACGACCACGUCUACGAAAAGCUGGAAGAACACUUUUCCAAGUCGCUCCAGGAGAGCAAGUUUGCCUACUUGGGCAGGCUACUAUUUCCCCGCCUGUGGGAGAAUCUGAAGGUAACUCUGACAGCGGAGGAUUGGCACCGGGCCUCGUUCGACGACGAGCUCCGCUGCGGCUCAUUCGAGGACGCCGGCUGGCCGGCCACGAUCGGUAGUCUCCCAACCAGCAUACGCGAGGAAUUGCAGGAUUGGUUGGAGGAGUGGCACAGGAACAACCCCGCCAUCGACGUCACGCCGCCGAAAGACCGCACCGAGGCCAUCAUCGCGCCCAUCACGCGCCGCAUCACCAUCACCGUUGCCGUGCCGCGCGUGCAGAUCCUCAACAUCGCCCACCUUGACCUCACCACGCCCGUCCCGUCACCGGCCUUCACCCCGCCCAUCGCGCCGCUGGGUGUCCCGCUAACUGCCUCGCUUCGCAUCAAGCACACGCGCAAGUGGGACGAGGCGGCAGCGCUGGCCAAGGCGGCCAACCUCGCCGCGCCCGACGACCCCGUCUGCUUCGUCUACGAGAUCGAUGCGGAUCCCAACGUCUGGCUGCUGGGCGGCGCGCGCCGCGUGCAGUUCGAGGCUCGCGAGGGCGAAAUCAAGAAGUUCCCGCUCACGCUCGUGCCGCUGCGCGAGGGCUACCCGCGGUGGCUGCCGAGCGUGUCCAUCAGAGCCGUCCCGCGAGAGGACAAGACCGCCACGAGCAGCGGUAUUGUGUCGAGGGAGGCGAGCAGGGACAGGGCUGGAGGAGAUCAGCAGUUGAUCACUUGCGAGAUGGAUCUCAUCAGCCAGCACGCGUGCGUGCAGGUCGUGCCCGAUUGGAAGAGCGUGACGGUUGGCGUGGGCGUGUUCAGCGGCGGCGAGAGUGGGGAUAAGUCGGCUUCGGAGGCGGUCUUGCUGGAGGCUGGGGGCAGAGAGGACUACUAUGGAACUGCGGAUGGAUGGGGCGAAGAAGGUCGGGGUGUGACGGCUGGAAUGGGGUUGCCGGUGGAGUUUGCAGAGGAGGAGAAAGUGGCCAGUGGAGACGGAAACAAGGCUGAGGCUGAGGCUGAGGUUGAGGCUGAGGUUGAGGCGGAAGCGGAAGCCGGGGCGGGGGGAUGA